AUGAUGAAAUCACAGAUGGAUGAUGUUGCUAAGAUAAUAGUAGACCAAAAGCUGCAAGUAGAUGAACUCGGCUUGAUUGGCAGAGAGCAAGAACAGGAAGAAUUGACGUCUUGCUUCGAUCGCAUGUUUCAGCAGGUCAAGCCUGAGUAUUCUCAACAAGGAAGCUACGACAAGCAACUUGUUUUGGUCAGCGGUGAGAGUGGUACUGGAAAAUCGAAACUUAUCGAUGGGCUGUGUCAGCAUGCUUCAUCUUCGAAACAUUCUGAGAAAUCCGUGUUGCUGGGUCGGGGAAAGUAUGAUUUCAACGAGUAUUUUGUUGAGCCAUAUUCAGGUAUUGUUGCAGCAUUCGAAGAUCUUUUCCAACAGGUCAAGACAAACGAAGGAGGUUCGCUUUCGGUAGAAGCUAUUGGAUCGUCGUUGAGAGAAGAGCUUGGGCAAAAUACUGAGACAUUGUUAAGGCUUUUACCAGGAGUUGAUGAAAUCCUUUCCUUGGAUGAUGCUUCAGCGAGCGUAUCGUCGUCAACAGUUACUGAGGACUUCAAUAUCGAAGCAUCUCAGAAGCAACUCAAGUAUUCCUUUCAGGUCCUUGUAAGGGUUCUCUGUGAACACUGCAGCUCAUUGGUUUUAGUGCUGGCUGAUCUCCAGUGGUCAGACGAAGCUUCGCUGGAUAUAGUGGAUCACUUGAUUUCCGAUGUUCAAAAUCAAAAUGCUCUUAUGGUCGUGGGGUGCUAUCGGUCCGAUGAAGUAGACGACACCCAUGCCCUCAGCCGUAAAAUUAGAGCCCUACGAGGGAAAAGUGAGAGUCAGAAAAUGGAAAUGACGGACAUUCAUUUGGGUGCUUUCUCUCUGGAAUCCACCAACAAUGUCAUCAUGCGGUUGCUAUCGAUUGGCGAUUCGUUGAAAACGAAGGAUCUAGCUGACAUAUGUUUCAAGCGAACCAAUGGGAACCCACACUUUCUCAUCGAGCUCCUGAUGCUGCUGAAGGAUGCAGAUUUGCUUCGUUUUGGUCGACUGCAAUGGGAAUGGGAUGAAAGCGAAAUCGAAAGCUUCACCAAGUCUAUUAACACUGUUGAAGCCUUGCUUCAAAGCCGAAUGGAGAAACUAUUGGAUGCUGAAAAGCUUCUUCUCCAGUACGCCGCUUGUCUUGGCUCUUCGUUUCAAGUUGAUGUUCUGAAUCUUGUGUGGAAGAAUCACAGUGCAAACAAUUUUGAUUCGAAGUCGAUAAAGGAUUUGGAAUCUUUGCUCCGUGGCCUAGAGAAGGGACACUACAUCGAGUCAAUUGGAGUGAAUAAGUACGGAUGGGUUCACGACAAAGUCCAAGAAGUCGCCUUGUCAUUGGGCGACUCACAAGAGUCUUCGUUUCAGUUCGAGAUCGGCACCAUAUUGUACAAGACACUGGACGAGGGUCAGCUAGAUGGUUUACUAUUUGACGUGGUUGACUUGAUCAAUCAGGGUAACGUCAAACGCAGACCAGAACUGGCGGUAUUGAAUUUGCAGGCAGCUACGAAGGCUCGACGAGUUUCUGCCUUUUCCAACGCAAGUUUGUAUGUGGCUCAUGGUAUUGAUCUCCUUCCAAGUGACAAAUGGUCGAGUCAUCGCAAAACGACACUUCGUCUAUAUACGCUUGGUGUCCAGUUGGGACUUGCGACCGGUGAUGUUUUUACCAUGGAAGAAUACAGGGAUGAGAUUCUCUCGCAGAAGGACUGCAGCAUUAUCGAAAAGCUUCCCAUCCAAGUUGCCUACACCAAUCGACUUUGCGCCUUGUCGAAGUUUUCUGAAGCCAUCGAGCUUUCGUUAGAUCUGCUGAAGGAGCUUGGUUGCAAUUUGAUUCCACAUCGAUCAUUAGUUACAUUACAGGCAAUUGCUUCCCUGAAGAGCACAAUAAACAUGGCAAAGAAGAUAGUACCAGAAGAUUUCUGUCAGUCCCAUCCCUUGCUUACCGAUCCCCAUCAGAAAGCAAUUAUCCAAGCUCUUUCCAACCUUUCAUAUGCCGGGUACAUGAGUUCCAAGCCAUUAGUUCAGGGGCUAGCUGCAACACGAGUUGUACAAAUUACCAUGAAGCACGGUAUCAACGACGGAUCUGCGAUUGCAUUUGCUUCACUUGGGUUGAUCGCAAAGUCAGCUUUUGGGGACUUCGCUACCGCCUCGUUAUUGGCGAAUACAGCACAGCUCCUGCAGUAUCGAGAUCCGUAUAAUUUCCAAACUGCAGGGUCUCUUUUUGUCGCAUAUUUUUUUUCGAUUGGCUGGAGUGUGCCACUACAUGACCUAUUCAAACCGACGAAGGAUGCAUAUUUGACUGGUAUGAGAGCUGGAAACAACGACUAUGGCUUUUGGUGCUUAUUUUUGCAUCAUGUGGUGCUGCCGUUACAAACUGGCAGGCCACUUGGGACUAUCUUGGCGCGAUGUCCAGAGUGCCUGUAUCAAAUGGAGGACUACCAAAUGGACGAACACUGCUUCUACACAAGACUAGAAUGGCAAUUUUGUCUGAACCUUGCUGGACAAGCUGAAGAUCCAAUGAAGCUCCGCGGUGGAAUUUUCAACGAUAACAUGGCCGAGGAAACCAUUCCACUCCACAUUGCAAAUGUAAACGCAGCACAGAUUGAGCUCUGGGUCAUCUACCGCGCCUACGAGCAAGCUGCAGAACUUGCCAUUGAGUGCGGUGAAUCAUAUUGCAAGCUAACAAACUUGACAUUCAGGUGCAUGCCAGAAACAUUCUAUCGAGGACUGGCAUUGUAUGCAGGCUAUCGAGAUACAAAACAACGAAAGUACAAGAAGCACGCCAAACGAGCUUGCAAGAAGCUUGCAUUGUGGGAAACAAAAGGAGUCCCAGGCGUGGUGCACUACCACGCACUGUUGAAUGCAGAACAGGCAGCUGUCGAUAAUAAAUACAAAGACGCCGACCUACGAUAUCAAAAAGCCAUCAAACUCGCGGCAAGUCUUGGAUACUUGAACUGCGCAGCCCUCUUCAAUGAACGAUACGCAGAUUUCUUGCAACAGAAGGGUCCAUAUUUUGAAUCCCGUUCGGGUGAUGUUGUGUUUCGACUCGGUGAAGCCAUGCGAUACUAUAAGGAAUGGGGCGCAGUGCUUAAGGUCGAAGAAAUUCGAAAGAAGAAGAUCAUAUGCUUGAGCAAAGCGAAGCUCCGUCGAGGUGCUUAG